AUGCUUCAAUCCCAUAGCUUGAAUGAAGAUCCUCUAGAUCUUUGGUAUCUAUCGUUGAUUAAUUGUGCGAAGUCUGGUGAUGGUCAGGAUCUGCUUACAACGUCGCUGCGUCAUUCUUUCGAUCGUCUUCAUCCUCAUUUUGAACUUCAAGAGCGCGAUGAUUUUUGUGGCAUUGCAUGUGCUUCAAUCCUGUUGAAUACUCUUCUACCAUCGUCAAAAUGGACGCAAUCAUCUAUCUAUUCAACGACUGCUAGGAAAUAUCUGACGGAUGGAAUUAUACUGACUGAUUUAUCUAGUAUAAUUACGGCAUGUGGACUUUCUACAAUUAUUCAACAUUCGAACCAAGAAAGAUUCAAAGAACAAUUUCUGGAAGAUAUAAAAAAUCCAGAAACGUUUUUGAUUAUCAAUUAUUGGCGACAGUUUGAAUGGCCUAGAGAAGGUGAAAUUUAUCGAAAUGGCCAUUUCAGUUUAGUGGCUGGAUUUAAUGAAGCCACAGAGCAAGUACUCAUUCUAGAUACGAGCGAUUCCAUACGACCUUAUCAUUGGCUAGAUUUGAAGCAUUUAAUGAGAAUGAUGUGUACAUACGAUCAAACAGCAGCUAUGCCUAGGGGUUACCUGAUCAUUCUGGAUCCAAAUCAGAAGGAUAAAUAA